AAGUAUUCUCAGAUCUGGAGCAGUCAAAGAGCAGUAUCAGAGCUCGGCUCCUCAGAUGUCUGAACUUGAAAAUGAGCAGUCUUCCAUGUUCCAAAUGAGGUCACUUUCAACAGAGUUUGAAGACCUGCAGACUAGAUGGGCUUCACGACCACAUUUAUUAACCAAUAAAGGAGAGGGGCACUCUGAGUUCCAGUCAUUGAGUAUCAGUGAUACAGAAAUAGGAUUUCAGGCUAAAACUAUAAGCAAAUGGCAAUCAAACAAAAUCUCUGAGCUGACAACUGAGCUCUGGCCAGACAACUUAGUGGAAGGAUACUGGGAGCAACAUCUGGAAGAGUCCACUUCAUCCCCAGUGUCUGAUUCAAAUCAGACUGAGACAUAUGACAGUCAGUGGAUACAGGGUCCAGAAUGGGAAAACACAAAAGGGGAUAUACCAUUGCAUACAGUUUUACAAAAUGAAGAAAUGCUAUUGGAAUUGGACAUGGUGAGCAUCCUACCAAGGAAAGACUACUGUGAGGCUGCAGGGGCUGAUUCCCAAGAGAGAGCUGCGAUGUCAGAAGUUGUCCCAGAACCACGGCAGAAGCCAACUGUGCCAGCAAAGCCCUCCUGUGCGAGCAUAAGCAUGGGCUCACAACUGCUGGGCUAUGUCGGUAUCGACACUAUUAUUGAGCAAAUGCGUAAGAAGACCAUGAAGACAGGAUUCGAUUUCAACAUCAUGGUUGUCGGCCAGAGUGGACUUGGCAAGUCCACACUUGUAAACACACUGUUUAAAUCACAAGUGAGUCGAAAGUCUUCAAGCUGGAACAGAGAAGAGAAAAUCCCAAAGACUGUGGAAAUCAAGGCCGUGAACCACGUUAUUGAAGAAGGUGGAGUUAAGAUGAAGUUGACUGUCAUUGAUACUCCAGGUUUUGGAGACCAAAUCAAUAAUGAAAACUGCUGUGACCCUAUUGAGAAAUAUAUCAAUGAACAGUAUGAAAAGUUCCUCAAAGAGGAAGUCAAUAUCGCUCGGAAAAAGAGGAUCCCUGACACUCGUGUGCACUGCUGCAUGUACUUUAUCUCUCCUACUGGACACUCACUGCGGCCGCUGGAUGUGGAAUUCAUGAGGCACCUGAGUAAGGUGGUUAAUAUCAUUCCAGUCAUUGCUAAGUCUGACACCAUGACGGUGGAGGAGAAACAUGAUUUCAAGCAGCGGGUCCGUAAAGAACUGGAGAUCAAUGGCAUUGAGUUUUACCCCCAAAAAGAAUUUGAUGAAGAUAUGGAGGAUAAGGCAGAAAAUGACAAAAUCCGGGAGAUGAUGCCUUUUGCUGUAGUAGGUAGCGACAAAGAGUACCAGGUCAAUGGGAAAAGGGUACUUGGGCGGAAGACACCUUGGGGAGUUGUUGAAGUUGAAAACCUGAAUCACUGCGAGUUUGGUCUUCUGCGAGAUUUCUUAAUCAGGUCCCACCUGCAAGAUCUGAAAGAAGUGACCCACAACAUCCACUACGAAACCUACCGUGCCAAGAGGCUGAAUGACAAUGGUGGGCUGCCACCUGUGAAUAAUCCCGACUCAGAAGAACAGCACGAGAGCAACUUGUGAACAGGAGGCCUGUUACCAACCCCCUCGACCCAAGCCCCAACCAUUGACCCUGCACCCUUUUCCCUCACUGCACCUGCAGCGUCUUCCCAAAUUUUUUUACUGAACACUUUUAUCUGUGUAUCUAAAUGGAAGUGCAUGUAUGUAUGCGGGAAGUGAGCUUGUUUUCCUAGGCCAAAAGAAAUCCUCAGAUAUAUUUUUUUAAAUGUUUUUUUUUUUUUUUCAUCUUUCCACACUUAAUGAAAGCUGAGCUUCAGUUAAUUUUUCAGGUCUUAAACAUCUCCAACCACACAGAAACUGAGUUCCAAAAUAAUUAUUUGGUUUACCUUCCUGUAUCCAAAAUAAUAACAUACAUGCCAACACAGUAACAUUGUUUAGAGGACAUUGCAUUCAAAACUGUUAAUGUAUUGUAAAACUGUUAUGCACUAGACCUCCAAUAACCAUUGGCUCUAUAACAAAUUCACUGAAACACCAUUCUUAAAAUGUAUUUUUCAUUAAUUCUUUGAGGGCUGAAUAUCUUUUCCCAAAAGCACACAAAGCAAUGGUUUCAUAUAUAAAUCAAUACAAAACAUCUGAUGCUGCUUGAGCUGCUUACGGGCAGUGGUAGCCGCAGUCGCAGAAUAGCGCAAUGUGGUUUGUACCUCUUGUCACUGUAAGUGGCAGCUACAUGAACGUGUCCAGCGCCACGUUCAGCUGAUGCUGGUACCUCGCUUUCAUUUUCGAUUACUUGCACCAAAAUCAAAGUCUGACAAGUCUGAGUCCAAUUCAGCAAUAAUAUAUUAAACGUUGUUCACGGAGUAUUUUACUUGGAGCAUUUGCUUCAAUCUCUCGCCAGAUGUUGAUGCCAUUUUCGCCAUUGUUUGCUCAUUGCUACUAAUGUGAGCGCUGGGAAUCUCAGUCAAACCAACAUAGUUAAAUUUCCUUUUAGCAAAGAUCUAAAAUAUGUUUUUUUUAACCAUUUACUGCUAUUGACAAAAGUUAAACUAAAAAGCUCAUAAACAUUUACAAGACAUUUUAACAAUUAAUGCAAGCAAUUUAAAAACCUGCAGCUUUUAUUAGUUAUAAAGGAAAACUCAACUGUAUCAAAAAGGCUCUUAGCUAUGUAAUCAUAAUUCACUUUUUUCAUUAUGCAAAAAGUUAUUUAGUCUUUGUGGCUGUAGGUUUUUCUUCCAAACAAUAUCUUAUUGACAAGCUAAAUUGACCCCCUAUUUAAAUAGAUUAAUUGUUUCUGCACUUAAUCUGUAGAUGCAGAAAUAUACAGCACAGAGCAGUAGAAUUUUUUUUUUUUGUGAAAUUCUAAAAUAUGAAUAGCGUCAUCAAAGCUAUCAGGAGUCAGUACUUUCUCCUUCAUUUCAUUCUGUUCAUUUUCUUGCUUAUUAAUAUUUUGCUGUCCUUUACUUUUUGCAUACUUCUAGUAAAUAAUUGAAUGUCUACAUGUUAAUUGCCUCCUGUUUAAGCAGCAGCUUUACUGAUUAAAAAAGGGUACUGAUUACAGGUAAGAUGCAAGGUUAAGAAAAUGAUUAUAAAUAAAACUAACAGAUCCCAUUGUUUUUGCAGUAACAACAUAAUUAGGUUUAUCAGCACAAUCCUACAGAUCAUUUUCAAUUUAUGUCUUUACUUGUGACUGACUUCUUAAUGAGCUUGCUUAUCUGGAAAUUUCACUGUGCAAGGUGCUUUUGUAGCUGUGUAUCUGUGCACCGCAUUGCACUUAACAACCAAUCACAUCGCUUCUUUUCAAAUUGACCAAUCAUAUGCCAUGUGAUUGCAAAACACAGCCUCUGCCAUUGAGAGAACUAGCAGAUAAUUAGUUGUGUAGGAAUGCUUCAAGUCUUCGGAGAAAUAACAACCAGCCCAGCCUCCCGAGCUACUAAGUGAUCAUUUUUAAAUUUGGCACUUGUAAAUUACAGGAAAAUUAUCAGGAAUGUUGUCAGUAGCAUUUCUAAAUAUUUUAAAGUGUACAAUUUCAGAGAUUUUGAUUAGUAUUUUUGUGUUUACUACCUUGUAAUCUGACCACAACAGUCUACAUGAUCUGAGUGGUCAUGCAGAGUCUGCUUCAAGUUCUGUGCAGUUGUCAUCAGUAUUAUAUCAGCAAUUAGCAGAGAAUAUAAAACAGAAAACAAAAUGUGUAAAUCACUAUUAAUCACCCAACCAAAUUAAGACCCUCAUCUAAGCACUAAACCACAUUGUCUGCUGCCUCCUAGAUUAUUUUAUUGAAAAUCUGGGCACCCUAAGUGUAAUGCUGGCAUAUUACAGACCAUACUGCAGGUGAAGGGCCGUGCUCGAGGGCCCAAUUGAGUAGAGUCACUUCUGGCAUUUACGGGAUUCAGACCGGCAACCUUCCGAUUACUUGCGCAGAUCCCUAUCUUCAGAGCCACCACUCCGCCACUCACAGAUCACACGAGCACUUUAAAAAAAGUAGGCUCUGCUUUAGUGCCACUUCCAUUACUGUUCAAACAAUGCAUUCCUUGCCGUGUGCUUCUGAAACUUGCAGUAAAUGGUUAUAGAGUUUUCAAAGAAAUCCCACUGCAUAUGCUGAUGCUUAACAGCGUUCUGCCCAUCCUCUGAGCUAGACAAUAAUCAUCUUCUAAAUGGUAUCUCGUCUGUGACGCAUAACAACACUGUAGCUUUGGAAAUAAUUCUAGACAUAAGAGGUACUGCCCAAUGAUCAUUCGCGAAAAAAUAUUUAGAAACCGUUUGCCAAACUCUUGGAAGCGUAAUGUACACCUUUAAGGUUUACAUAUUGUUGGCAGAAGAAGGGAUACAACUGAUAUAGUAAAUCCACUUCAGAUCCUACAGGACCAGAAACUAUUAGCAUGGAAAUGAAAAACAAAACUUAGGUACUGCAAAAAAGCAUCUCUUACUCGCUUACUGUUAUGUAAUAAGACCUUAAGAAACACUUUAGGUCUUCAUAACACCUGCAAAUUAUCAGUAAAGUGUUUAUUCAUCUCUGUAAUGUGACCUGCUAACAGAACUUCACUUUGGAGUGGUCUUGACAUUACAUAUUUAGUAUAAGACCUGUGAAUCCUUCACAUUAGCAAGCAAUUCUACCAUCAUGUCAAUUUGCUACAACGGAAAGAGAUGAAUAACUGAUCUACUGAUCAAGUGUGAUGAAGUCCAAAAGAAGCCUUUGUUAAGGUCUUGUUACAUAAGAAUAAAUCAGCAAUAGAUGUAUUUGUGCACUAUCUAAACUAAAGUGUUUUCCAAAAAGUUAAUGUUCAUAGUGCCGAACUGGAAUCCAAGCAGCCAUUGUUUUUACGAUAUGACAAUUCAAGUUAGGCCUUAACAUUAUAAUACAACAAUAGGGAGGAGAGAGGUCAUUACAGAGAAAUAGGCCAUUGAAUAGGUGAUGAAGUGUCUCUCUUACAGUGCCAUGGUUAUUGGUGGUCUAGUGUAUUUCUACAAAGUAAAAACUCUCGGUUUUAUUAGACACAGAAGCAAUACGACCUGUCCCCACCUCCCCGUCCCCCCUGUCUUAGGCUAUGCUGUGUCUUCAUGGUGCUAAUUGUUGUAAACAACAGUAUUUCUGUUUAACUGGCAAUGUCUAAUACUUUAGAAACAUAUCUGCCAGAGGACAGGCAUUUUACAUUUGAAAAUAUAUGGUUGACAGAUAGUUUGCCCCUUUUUUUGUUCCCUAUGUUAUAAAAAAAAAACAAACAUAACCAUGAAAGGUAAAUAAUGUUCUAAGUUGAUGUCUCAAAAAUGCAUUACGUCUCUGAUCAGUACAGGGAAUGUGUAUACCUUUGCUGCAAAUUUAUUUUGAAAUCAUUAGUCACAGAGAGGGAAACUGUGCAAUCUCUUGCAGUUAUUAAAACAAUUCAAACCAAAGUACUCUGCAUAUUUUCAUCCUCAGAUGGAUUCCCGCAUGGCAUGUUCAACCCGUCCAUGACUAGAAAAGCCCCAGCCAGCUGUGUCCAACGUGGCGGUUUGCUGCAUAGGGCAGUGCUGUGGCCGUCCAUGGGGUUUUCAAGUAGUGGACACUGCCUGCUGACUGUAAGUCUGUACAUAAGCUUAUGGCAUAGCUUUUCAUUUUUUUCUUAGAAAGCCAUGAGUAGAUAGGAGUGAGUAAAUGGGCCAUUGCUUACUCUGGGUAAGACUGGGGGAUAUUAAAAUGUUCACAAUUUGUAGAAUAUCACAUUUGCUUCUAACAGCAAUUUUUGUAUAAUUCAGAUUGAUAUUAUGGAGGGCAGGUAAUCUUGAGGUUCGGAAUUAUACGUUUUAUAAUUGGAAGCUGUCAUUCUCUGAAGCCAAGUGUUUGAGGUGUGUACCCUUCAGUUUGAAUGAUCUUGGAUAAUGGUGUCCGACAGCUAGCAGAGCAGAAUCAGCCUUCUCUGUCAGUGUUACAAAUGUGUAGUGAAGCGUGAGUUUGAAAACUCUGUGGAAUGGUGUGUGCAUAGCAUGUAGCACAAGUACCAUUUAUUUUUUACUCAUAAAAGCCACAGGGAAUGACUAUUGAUUAAAAUGCACUUGUAAGUCUUGGUACCAUUAGGUCUACCUUGCAGCAGAUCUUUAGCUAACAGGAUUUUUUUUUUUUUUUUGGCCAGACCUAAAUAUUUAUUUAAAAAGGACUGCCGUCCAAGUGAAAUAGCUUGGAAGACAUAACUGCAGUGAAAUGGCUGGCUAUUACUUUAAUCAUCAUAUCAUCAUUCUUGUUAACUUGCCAUGCUCUAAUAUAUUCAGUUCACAAGAGCAACAAAGCAACUAAAAAAAUGACAGCUAAAGUGGUGGUGACCUCGGCUUGAAUAAAAUUGUCUUUACAAGUGUGCAAACAAAAACCAAUAAAAAAAUAAAUAAUGAGGAGCUCCAACGUGCAAAGGUUUGUGAGCCUAACACCUGCCCACCUUCAAGAGCGAAUUAUAAAGCGGCAGGCGAAAAAUCAAAUGCAAGAGUUUCUUAUCACACAUAUGAAAUAAUUGAAAGCUUUAUGUAUGUCAAUAGUAGUGUCAGUAUUUUUACACACACAAUAUGACAUAUUGACUCCAGCUAAAGAACUCUCAUAUCUGGUCUUUAAGUAGCCACAAGCCGUGUGCAAUUUCAUAACUUUCAAACAAGUCACUUGCACACUAUGUGUUAGCUUUUUACAGCUUUCAAUUUUUAGAUUGUUUUUUUACAGUGAUUUGAUCAGACAGCAAUCUGAUGGCAGCUCACCAAGCCUGGAUGAGACCCUAGAGCCAGAACAAAUUAGAGGGGUAUACUGACUAAUAGGACCACUGUAGCUGAUAUUCCAAUGCGUAGUUUUAGUGUAGAGAAUGCUGACCCUCUGAUUUCAUUCACCCCUCUCUUUACAGUAUACAACAUAUCUUUGAUAUGGAAACUUAUCAUCCUUUUUUAGUUAAAACAGAAUAUCAACACACUUUCUUAUUAAUAAUGGCGUUCUUAUUUCAAUGAUGUUCUCUUUUCACUAUUGUUGAUAUCAUCCAGCCAUCUAUUUUCUGACUAUGUUUAUUCAGUAAUAUGGUUAGAAAGCCCAAAUUCCCUGAUAGCACCGGACACCAUUUAGUGUCAUUUUAGAGUCAAUUCAAAAUGGAUAUUUUAGGAACAGGGGAUGAAGCUGGAAAAAAAACACACACACAAGCAGACUCUUCACUGGUGGCAAGCUGCUGAGAGUCAACCCCAGGUGCCAAGAGCCAGGAGCAAAAAAAAAAAACACCACCAUCAUCAUUUGUAUU